GUGGGAGGUGCCGGGGGAUGGACGCCCCGAGCCCUCUCCCCACCCUGAUCCGCAAGAAGCGGGACGGGGAGCGCCUGGAGGACGCCGAGAUCCGGAGCUUCGUGCGCGGCGUCACCGAGGGCACGGCGCAGCAGGGACAGAUCGGCGCCAUGCUGAUGGCCAUCCGGCUGCGGGGCAUGGACGCGGGUGAGACGCUGGCCCUGACCCGGGCCAUGGCCGGCUCUGGCCGGACGCUGGCCUGGCCGCCCGCCUGGCACGGGCUGCUGGUGGACAAGCACUCGACCGGCGGCGUCGGGGACAAGGUCAGCCUGGCCCUGGCCCCCGCGCUGGCCGCCUGCGGCUGCAAGGUGCCCAUGAUCAGCGGGCGCGGGCUGGGCCACACCGGGGGCACCCUGGACAAGCUGGAGGCCAUUCCCGGAUUCCGGGUGUCCCAGAGCCCCGAGGAGAUGCAGCGCAUCCUGGCGCGGGUGGGCUGCUGCAUCGUGGGGCAGAGCGCAGAGCUGGUGCCCGCCGACCGGGUGCUCUACGGGCUGCGCGACGUGACGGCCACGGUGGACAGCCUGCCCCUCAUCACCGCCUCCAUCCUCAGCAAGAAGGCGGCGGAGCGGCUCUCGGCGCUGGUGCUCGAUGUCAAGUUCGGGGAGGCGGCGCUGUACCGCACCCAGGAGAGCGCGCGGGAGCUGGCACGGAGCCUGGUGGAGGUGGGCGCCCACCUGGGCAUCCGCACGGCGGCGCUGCUGAGCCGCAUGGAGCAGCCGCUGGGCCGCGCCGUGGGCAACGCGCUGGAGGUGCUGGAGGCGCUGCAGUGCCUGGAGGGGGGCGGCCCCCCCGACCUGCGACACCUGGUCACGGCCCUGGGCGGGGUGCUGCUGUGGCAGUGCGGGAUGGCCGCGGGGGCCGAGCAGGGCCGUGAGCGCCUGGCCCGGGCUCUGGACGAUGGCUCGGCCCUGGGCACGUUCGAGGCCAUGCUGGGGGCGCAGGGGGUGCCCCCCGACACCGCCCGGGGCCUCUGUGCCGGGAGCCCCGCGCAGCGCCGCCGGCUCCUGGGCGAGGCCAAGGUGUGCGAGGAGCUGCCCGCGCCGCAGGAAGGCUGGGUGCAGCAGGUGCGGGCACUGCCCCUGGCGCGGGUCCUGCAUGGCCUGGGCGCGGGCCGCUCGCGGGCCGGGGACCCCGUGAACCCCCGCGUGGGCGCCGAGCUGCUGGUGGGCACCGGGCAGCACCUGCGGGCAGGCGAGCCCUGGCUGCGGGUGCACCAUGAGGGCACCCUGGACGCGGAGGGCCGACGCGAGCUGCAGGACGCGCUGUGCCUCGGCCCGGAGCCCCCCCGGGACCCGCCGCCGCUGGUGGCCGAGACCAUCGUGCCGUCGGGAGCCCUGCCCGGGCCGUGCCGGGACUCGCAAUAA